GCUCUCCUUGUCUCUUCUCCCUUGAUCUCUUCUCUGCUGCUCGACGCCUUAUCGAACUCACGCGAGUACCUCCAUACGGUCUACGGAUCCAUUACGAUCUUACGCGACUAAGACAAACACAGAACAGUACGAGCACACGAUACGAUGUCUCUCCCCAAGCGAAUUAUUAAGGAAACAGAACGUCUGGUCGCGGACCCUGCUCCUGGCAUCUCUGCAGCACCUCACGAUGACAACCUGCGUUACUUCGAUGUGUCUAUCCAAGGGCCUGAUGGAAGCCCUUUUGCUAACGGCAUCUUCAAGCUCGAGCUCUUCCUGCCCGAAGAGUACCCCAUGGCGCCACCCAAGGUCCGCUUCCUGACCAAGAUCUACCACCCCAACAUCGAUAAACUCGGACGAAUUUGUUUGGACAUUCUCAAAGACAAAUGGUCACCCGCUCUACAAAUCCGCACUGUCCUCCUCUCCAUCCAGGCUCUCCUCAGCGCUCCCAACCCUGACGAUCCGCUCGCAACUGAUGUGGCGAAACACUACAAGGAGGACGAGAAGGAUGCGCAGAGAGUCAGCAAGGAAUGGACGGAGAAGUACGCGACUGCGUAGAUGGUGGCGAUUCGUAGUUGGCGAGUGGACGAGCGAACGGGGGUGUUCCGUUUACUGUGACGGUGGUGGACACGAUGUCUUUGGUGGGCGGCUCAAGGGCUCUAGAUUCGGUUGUGAUGGUACAUGUAGGGUAUGUCUUGAUGGUGGGUGUGCGUGUUGGAUUAUGGCUUGAUUUCAAUUCCGAACAGAGGUGUACGCUUGUUAUUUUACACAUAUUCCCUUUCGACUACAGGAUGAAUCGUAACAAUGAGGAUUUGAAAAUCGAAUGUAAAUCACACUCAAGUGGUUCCCCACUGUUUCC